CUCUUUGCUUGCAUAUUGAAAUUCAGUAGAGUUUCGCAAGAAGAGUGCACAAGCCCAAAAGAACAGAGCGUCUGAAAAGGGUGGUGCCUUGCACACUGCCGGGUCAAUCACAAUUCACGAGCAUGCCAUUCGUAUGGCACAAGCUCUUGGACGGGCGGUCCAUGUUGACGAGGUCUUUGCACAGACCCAUGUUCGGAAGGGCACUAAUGAAUUCGUUGAUGAAAGAUCUCGCAAGACUCAUGAAGAAUUUUCUACGAGACUUUCACAGGUUAGAUCCGAACAUGGGUCAGCUCCUACACCGGAUGAUGCGAGUAAUGCAGAUGACGACAUCCGUAGGACACAGUGCUGGGUCGAUGUCGUCGGUGGGAAGAAAAAGGGACGACUCUACGGUGCAGGACAACUUGCUUCAAACUAUACAGCAUCGAGAGGAGGUACACUGAAGCACCAACCUUCUUCUUCUUCCACCCCUUCUGCCGACAAGGCCAUCGAGCGCCUGACACAGCUACUAGAGCAACGUGACCAGGAAAACCGUGCAUUGAAAGAACAAUACACUGACUUGAGAGACGAGUUUUCAAGCUUCAAGUCCCUGGUCAUGAGAGCGCUGCCUCAAACUUCAGACACUCCUUCCACAGUCCCUCCGACCCAGCCACGACCCUCCCCGUCACCCGCCGUCCCUCAUCCGCCCAGAUCAGUCCAACCCACACCAGUCCAGCCCACACCAAUCCAACCAUCUACAGAUGAGCAGGAUGAUGAAGAUACAUCUGAAGACUUUGUAAAAUUUUAG